AUGGAGGGGAUCGGGGCGUUCGGCCUCCUGCGUCGACACGAGAUGCUUGAAGGCUUGGCAAACCUGGACAGGGGAAGCGCGUUGCCCCCAGUGUGCCGCCUCUUCACAGGAGAACGGUCGCAGCACCGAUGGCACGACGACGCGGGGCAAGGGCGCGCGAUCGACCAGGCGGAGGGAGGAAGAGAACAAGGAGACCCGCUCAUGCCAGCCUUGUUCGCCUUGGGACUACACCCAGCCCUGCAGCAGGUCCGCGGAAUGCCCAGGCUCGAGAAUCGCACCGUCGCCUCUCUCGACGGCGCGAUCGUGGCCACCACCCCAGACGGCGAGCACUUCGAGGGCAUCCUAGCAGAACACCGCCGCUUGCUGGAGAGACUACCGCACCUUGGGGAUCUGCAAUCCUCGUGGCUCCAGCUCAGCCUGCGCGCCAACCCCAGGGCCAACUUCUUCCUGAAGGUGCUGGAUCCCGAGGAGCGCGGCCAGGACUGCGCCGGCGGCCUGGCGGGCUCCAUGGGCAACCUGCUCACCGAUGCUCCACGAGCGCUGCCUCCAGCUAACGGACCAGAUCUGCAGGGCGCUGAGCGAGCUGGACUGAGCCCCGCGGCCGCAUGCCCAAGGGCCAGGGUCUUCAAGACGAGGUCCACCCAUCUGGAGAAGGCAGCCGCGCGCAUCUGCCGGGGGGCUGGGGGCAGAGUCGCAAAGAACCAGCUCCUGCGAGAUCUGAACGGGGACAGCAGCGGCCUCGGCGAUCUGCGACAGCUCGAGGUCAUCGCAAAUGGCACGCCGCUGCGGGGCGGAGCUCAGCUGGCGAUCGACGCGACCCUGGCGUCGCCCGUCCGAGCGGACGGCACAGCGCAGCCCAGAGCCGCGGACGAAGAUGGAGUCCAGCUGGCGGUCGCGCGGGGCCGGAAAGAAGCGACGCACCCGGAGCUCCUCGGGUCGAGGAGAUGCCCGCGGGUCGUGCUGGGCCUGGAAGUCCGUGGCUGGUGGUCGGACGAGGCCCUUCGCCCAGCUGCAUGCCAGGACCAAGGCCCGCAGCUCGCCGCAGCGCCUCCGAGCGUCUUCGCGGGCGCCGCACCUGCACUGCUGGACUGGCACUUUUUGAUCAUGGUCUUCGACAGGGUCCUCAAGUUCCUGCGCGACGAUUGCGUUCAACCCCUGCGACCUGCCGAGGUGCUUGCUCCGGUAGCGCCCAACUGUUCUGGGGGCCGACGCCCGCCACCUGCCGCGCGCACGGUCGAGUGA